AUGGCAACCUCAAUGGAAUCAUCGUCUCCUGAUACUUUCAUUAAGGGAUCUACAUGCUUGAUGGUUUCAUCUCCAAUGUUCAGUCCAUCAUCAGAUAAGCGCUUCUGGAGCACUCUCCGUAGCCGUAUCGACACGCUUCUCGAGAGUCGGAAACCUAUUGAUCUAUCUUUGUCCACCCAAAUUAAUGGUGGUGGAGGAGCGGACCGCGCAAAGCGUCUGAAGGAGGACUCUUUGCUUCUUCUCAGAGGGUUUGACUCUGUUGGCUAUUCCUUGUCUCAGCUGUCUCACAAUCUGGAGAAUGCCCUUCAGGGAACAAGAGAUCUUACUAGGCCACCCACAUUCACUGAUAUGGUUCACAACAUUUCGGAGAAGGCCAAUGAAUGGUCUCAGGGGGAGGAUGAUUCACCAAAAGAGAAUGGGAAGAGCCAGAAUGCUUUGGGAAACCUGAAGAAAGCCAAGAAUCUUGCAAUUUCCAUGGCGACCAGAGCGGCUUCACUUGCAAGAGAAUUGAAAUCAAUAAAAUCAGAUUUAGGUUUUAUGCAAGAGCGGUGUGCUCUUAUUGAGGAGGAGAAUAGGAGGCUUCGUGAAGGUUUUUCCAGAGGAAUGAGGCCUGACGAAGAUGAUCUGGUAAGGCUUCAAUUGGAGGCACUCCUAGCUGAGAAGUCCAGAUUAGCAAAUGAGAAUGCAAACUUAACUAGGGAAAACCAAUGCCUUCACAAUCUUGUGGAGUACCACCAGCUCAACUCUCAAGAUCUCUCUGCAUCCUAUGAGGAUUUAAUAAGGGGAAUCUGCCUGGACUUUUCAUCUCCACCGCCAUCCAUACCUGAAGAGGAUGAAGAUACUUGUAAUGAUGAAGCUACAAAAACACCCAGAACUGAUGUGUUUGGAUUCUCCACUUCUUUGGAUCAAUGCUAUGGUGAGGAAGAACAGAUGAUUAAAAAUUGUUGA